AUGUUUCAACGUCUAAGCAACUUGCUGUUUGGGGAGGUCGAAGAAGUGGCUGCUGAACUGAAGGGACCUAAUCCCUGUGUGACAGAGGCGGACGAGGAAGGAUGGAUGCUUGUCAACCUUCCCGAUGAAUCUGGUUGCAUGAUGCAGGCUGACCAUGAGACACAGGCCCAACUUAUUAUUGCACAUCCAUUUCCAGACAGUAAUAAAUCAAAUCUCGAAGAUGCUCAUGUUCGGACUGAAUGCCAAACUUUUAUUGCACGCCCACCAAAUAAGCGCCGGAGGACACGUAACGACCGGACGCAUGGGGCAAUAACGCCAGACUCCAUGGCAACAUUGUCAAGACGGGCCAGACUGUCCACAGCCUCCUCCGCCCAGUCAACUUCUCCUGCUGGGAGCGAGUGUGGGGGCAGUGGGGAUAGCAGUAGGGCAGGCUCGGAGAGAGGCUGCAUGGAUGAGAGCUGGUUUGUCACCCCUCCCCCCUGUUUCACUGCAGAGGGAGCCACGGCGGAGACGAGUCCAAUGGAGGACCUGCUCAUCGAGCACCCCAGCAUGUCCGUUUAUGUUUCACCAAGCAACCUGUCCAUGGUGUCCAACAGCAACCUCUCUGUGGUUGGCGAGGAAAGCAUUGUGAGCUUGGCGAGUAGUGUGAGCAGAGUGGCUGAGCCAGCUGCUGCACCGGCCACCCACACCCCUGGGCCAUUCAGGGUGAGUUUUGGACCUUAUGUCCAGCCUAAGGUCGCCCAAGUGGCAAGAGUCCAGCGUAGCAAAGCUCGCAUGGAGAGGCGUCAACUGAGCCGCAACCGUAUCCAACGGCAAAACCGCGCCCGGGAGCAGAUUCCUCGCCACGCCAGUCAUGCUAGAAACACCUUCUUGCAUCAGCCUAGCAAGCGUAACUUCUGCCACUAG